CACCACUUGGCCUUGCCAAGCCCCAGCAUGGCCUCUGGGGCCCUCGGGAAGGGGCCGCAGGUGCCCACCGUGCCCCUGGCCAAUGGCUUAAACAUCCCCAUCCUGGGGCUGGGUACUUCCCACGUAGGUGGCUAUUCCCACGAUGCAGUAAUAUAUGCCCUGAAAGAAUGUGGCAUUCGUCAUAUUGAUACAGCAAAGAGGUAUGGGUGUGAAUCGCUCCUGGGGAAGGCCAUCCAGGAAAGCGGUGUGAAGCGGGAGGACCUGUGGAUCACUACGAAGCUGUGGCUCACGGAUUACAGCUAUGAGAGUGCUAAGCAGUCCUGCCUGGAAUCCUGCAACAGGCUCGGCGUUGAGUAUCUAGAUCUGUUCUUGAUCCAUUGGCCUGAUGCACAGCUUCCCGGGAAGAGCAGCCGAGAGGCCCGAGCAGAGACCUGGAGAGCCAUGGAAGAUCUGUAUGAUCAAGGUAUCUGCCGGUCCAUUGGUGUAAGUAAUUUCCUUAUUAAUCAUCUGGAGCAACUAAAGGAAGAUUGUGAUGUAACACCACACGUCAAUCAGGUUGAAUAUCAUCCUUUCCAAAGACCUCAAGAGCUAUUGGAUUACUGUCGGAAGAGAAACAUUGUUUUCGAAGGUUACUCCCCUCUGGCAAAAGGGGAGGUGCUGACUCACCCUCACAUUGUCCGGCUGGCAAGGAAGUACGGCAAAACUCCUGCCCAAAUCUGCAUUCGCUGGAGCAUCCAGAAUGGGGUUGUCACUAUUCCAAAAUCUACCAAGCCCAAAAGAUUAAAAGAAAACUGUGAGGUCUUUGGUUUUCAUCUAAAGAAAGAAGACAUGACAUUUUUGAACUCAAUGAAUGUCAACAAAAAGCUGAUCCAUCUAACCUACCCACUGUGGAAAGGAUGAUAUGAAACUGGGAUCAUCAACAAAUAAUGGUUGCAUUCUUCAGAUAACUUUCUUGAUAUGCUAUAAAAAGGACUGGUAUUACUUCCAUUAAACAUAGCCUAUACAAAAGGUCACAAGUAUGGUUUCAUUCAUCCCCUCUUAAACUUAUAUGGCAUGUUAUUUUUCUAUAGUCGUUGUUUCAUUCUUUUCCAAUUAUUUCUGGAAAAUUGAUUCCAUCUGUGUUAGGUAAGUUCUCAUGCCCACGGUAUUAGACUAUCUUUUAUAACUUACACGAUUCUCUACUUACUCUGCUGGCAGAAGACUAGCUAAAUUACUUUUCCCUGAACCUCCUAAAACCUAUCUUUGACCUGUGGACUAGGAAGACAGCUUGAAACUUGAAGCUUUACUGGGUGUAGUUUAUUUUUCAGAGAGUAUUUGCAAAAACCCCCAAAGAACUUAAUGAACUAUCAAAUGCCAUUUGUUCUUGCUUUUAAUAAUUCUUUAAAAAUGCCAAGUUAAGGUUAUUAAAAUUAUACCAUGCCUCCUCUCAUAUCUUAGC